ACACUGUCAAAUGCACACAGUUGAUUUAAAUUCAUUCCAUUUUCCGAUGCAAAUCGAAUGGCUUAGAUAGUGUGCAGGUUUGGCACGAGGGUGGAGAUGAUUUUGCUGCCAUUCUUGAUGCCAAAUUUUUGCUCUGGCAUGGGAUUUGGCACAAGGGUGUACUUUCUAUAAGUGGCUUUGCCAUUUUUUUUGGUGCCAAUCCUGGCGUGAGAAAUGGCCUAGCUCAUUUUGGGGAUCUCGCGUCAAAUAAUGCCUUUGGCUUGAGAAAUCGCUUAUCACACGCCAUGACCUAGCUCAUUUUGGGGAUCUCACAUCAAAUAAUGCCUUUGGCUUCAGAGAUGGCUUACCAUUAGAGAUAUUCUUAAUUGUUAGUUCUACUAAGUUUCCUUUGGCUAUUCACUGCAACAGUCCUAUGCAUUCAUUGGGAGAAACCUAUACAAGGAAAAGAAAGUCAAAUCUUCAAUCCUCUUCGUCCUAAGCUGAAUAGUCCCCGUUUGGUUGCUGUUUUCAGCGUCAGUAUAGCAGAACAUUUACCCUUAAACUUGUUUGACAUAUUCUCGAUAUCUUUUUCCGAUAAAAUUGUAAAAUGGGAAAACAUGUGGAUUCAUUGAUUGGUUUUCUAAAAAGCAAUUUUGUUAAGUAUUUGUUGUUGGUUAGCCCCAAUUGGUUACAACAUAUGAAGUAUCAUAGUAUUGAAGUGCACGUGAUGUAUUGACGUCACUUGCGUAUCAUGUCACACGGACGCAUGUAUUGGCUCUUCUUCUUUUUUUUUUGAUAACUCAAGUAUUCGGGCCGGCUUGCCUGACACAUGUAUUGGUAUUGAGUGUCGUCACCGUAUCUAUUUCUAAGUGUCUUAUUUUUCUAAUUCCUUGUCAAACAACACAACAGGGUAGAUAUUCUUAGUCUUUAAUACAAAUGUUUGUUAAGUAUCGCGCAUCAGAUGCUUGGGCAUUGUUAUAUUUUGAAUGCAAAUAUUAAACUUCCUUAUUGGGCUCAUGAUCAAAUAGACAUAUAGGAUAUAUUGGUGAAAAUCAUCUUCAGACUGAUACAGAAAAAUAUUAAUGACUGAUAGAUGUCUGCAGGUUUGGGAAUUUGAUCAGGAUCACCAAAGAUGGCUUCCGGUUGCUGAGUUGGCUUUACCUGAGGAAAAGGGCGAUCCAAUUUAUGUGGUUGCUUGGGCACCAAAUAUUGGCAGGUAACAUUGUGUCCAUCUUCUGAUACAAGUUUAUUUCGUGCGCGGCACAUGUAAAUAUAACCUUAAGCCCACGAUUCCGGCAUUUUGAAAUGCUAAAUAUUUUCAGGGGCAAUGUUUUGCUUCAGCAUACCAUGAUUCUGAGGUUACUGCUAGGAGCAUCAUUAUUUGAGAUGACUCUUAUCUUGGGUAGAUAUUUCUUUUUUAGGCCAUGACGUUAAUAACAAUUGGGACUCACAAGCAAAUUGCAUUAUGGCACCUUGGAUUGAACCCCAAUAUUGAUGGAAAGCUCUCAACGGAAAAGGGGAGGAUGUGCUUCUUGAAUCUUCCCUUACAAAUAUUAUAUUUCCGUGAUCAGGUUUGGGAGAUGGAGUGGAACAUCAGUGGAAUGACACUAGCAACCACUGGAGGUGAUGGCGUGCCCACGUUUCUUCUUCUUCCCUGGCACAACCACCCUUUUAACUUGAAGGCUUGCAUGGAUGAUUACGGAGGGAUCGAACGUUGUGUUUUCACUGUCAACUCAAUCUCUGACCCAAUCAACAUCGAAGAACCACUGCAGCUAGAAGCACCCCAACCACAACCGGCUCAACCCUAACCUCCAAAAACAC